GGAGUGUGCACCUGAGCGUCGACUCAGUGGCUCGAUCGAUGCAGGAGUGUGAGGAGGUGUGGAGGUGGCGCUCAACCACUACAUUCUUACUUAUUACAUAUAUUCCGUACACCAUCGGGAUUUUUCGCCAACAGAGGACUCGAUAAACGUGCAGAGGAGGUGCCGAGCUGAGCCGGCGCCAUGAGUUAUCAGAUGCCUCAGCAAGCACGGCCUUUGUCACAGGGUGGUUACCACAACCCUGCAGAUAUGCCUAUGCAGAACCCCAAAGAACAGAUUGCCAUGUGGCAACAGAACUAUAUGAGUGACUCUGGCAUCCACUCUGGUGCCACCACAAAUGCUCCGUCCCUCACUGGGAAAGAGGAGGAGAUGGAUGCUGAGUGGAUGGAGGGCCAGGCACAGCAGGGCUUCAACCAGGCAGCAUUCACUACAGAACAGGUAGAUGACAUGAACCAACAACUGAACCAGACUCGAUCCCAGCGAGUCCGAGCUGCCAUGUUUCCCGAGACCCUGGAUGAGGGUAUGGAGAUUCCCUCUACCCAGUUUGAUCCUCAGCAACCCACUGCAGUACAGAGGUUGGCAGAACCCUCACAAAUGCUCAAGCAUGCAGUUGUGAACUUGAUUAACUAUCAGGAUGAUGCUGACUUAGCUACACGAGCCAUUCCUGAGUUAAUUAAGCUUCUGAAUGAUGAGGAUCAAGUUGUGGUGUCACAGGCUGCCAUGAUGGUGCACCGUCUCAGUAAGAAGGAAGCCUCACGCCAUGCCAUUAUGAACUCUCAGCAAAUGGUCGCAGCUCUUGUUCGUGCCCUCUCCAACUCGAAUGACUUGGAGACUACUCGAGUGACUGUUGGAGCACUGCACAACUUGUCCCACCAUCGUCAGGGUCUUCUUGCAAUUUUCAAAUCUGGCGGCAUCCCUGCUCUGGUUAAAUUGCUAAGCUCACCAGUGGAGUCUGUCCUAUUUUAUGCCAUCACUACUCUGCACAACUUAUUAUUGCACCAAGAAGGCUCAAAAACGGCAGUGCGUAUGGCAGGCGGGCUUCAGAAAAUGGUUGCUCUCCUCCAACGUAACAAUGUCAAGUUUUUGGCCAUUGUUACUGACUGCCUGCAGAUUCUGGCUUAUGGCAAUCAAGAAUCAAAGCUCAUCAUCCUAGCUUCUCAGGGACCACAGGAGUUGGUGCGCAUCCUACGUUCUUACACAUAUGAAAAGCUUCUCUGGACAACCUCAAGAGUUCUGAAAGUUUUGUCUGUGUGCUCGAGCAACAAACCAGCCAUCGUAGAGUCUGGGGGGAUGCAGGCUCUUGCUAUGCAUCUAACUCACCAGUCAACUCGACUAGUGCAGAACUGCCUCUGGACUUUGCGUAAUCUUUCUGAUGCAGCUACUAAAGUUGACAACAUGGACCAGCUUCUUCAGAACUUGGUACACUUGCUGCGUGCCAGUGAUAUCAAUGUGGUGACUUGCGCUGCUGGCAUCCUGUCGAACUUGACAUGUAACAACCAAAGGAACAAGAUAACAGUUUGCCAGGUUGGUGGUGUCGAGGCACUCGUAGCCACGAUCUACAAUGCUGGGGAACGAGAAGAGAUUACUGAGCCAGCGGUAUGUGCUCUGCGUCAUUUAACUGCUCGGCAUCCAGAAGCUGAAGUUGCCCAGAAUGCAGCUCGCCUGAAGAAUGGCAUUCCUAUAAUAGUGAACCUACUCCAUCCACCAUCUCGCUGGCCAUUAGUAAAGGCUGUGAUUGGAUUAAUCCGCAACCUGGCACUAUGCCCAGCCAACCAUGCACCACUCAGGGAGUCAGGUGCUAUUCCUAGGCUGGUGCAACUCCUCAUAAGGGCUUUCCAGGACACUCAAAGGCAACGGUCAUCUGUGGCCAGUGGUGGCUCUGGAAGUAUUGGAGCCUAUGCAGAUGGCGUACGUAUGGAGGAAAUUGUGGAGGGGACAGUUGGUGCCUUACACAUACUAGCACGUGAGUCACACAACCGUGCCAUUAUUAGAGGACUCAACGUUAUUCCCAUCUUUGUUCAGUUGCUGUACAACGACAUUGAGAACAUUGAGCGUGUGGCAGCAGGUGUGCUCUGCGAGCUGGCGGCAGAUAAAGAGGGAGCAGAAAUGAUUGAACAAGAAGGCGCUACAGCUCCUCUCACUGAGUUACUGCAUUCACGCAAUGAGGGUGUUGCCACAUAUGCAGCAGCUGUGCUGUUUCGCAUGUCAGAGGAUAAACCUCAAGAUUACAAAAAGCGGCUGAGUAUGGAGCUUACUAAUUCCCUGUUUCGUGAGGAUGGUUCCAUGUGGCAAGGAGACAUGGCUGCUAUGCCCCCGGACCUUCAAGAUUUUAUAGCUCCUCCUGAAGGUCAUUAUGAUCCCAUGUAUGCUCAGGGGCCACCAAGUGUUCACAGUGGCCAUGCUGGGCCUAACUACCAAGGAGGUUACGACCAUGUACCUGUGGACUCGAUGCAAGGUUUGAAUAUUGGUUCUCAGCAUGGGGGUCCAGGAUCAAAUUAUGGUCCUAUAGACCCCAGGGAUCUACCUCCAGGUCAUCCUGGCCAUCCGGACUUAACAUUUGAUCAGCAAAUGCCACCACAACCUCCUCGUGACAACAAUCAGAUGGCAGCUUGGUAUGAUACUGAUUUGUAAGCCAUCAGUCAAAAUUUAAUUUCUUCAGUUAUACAUACAGUAAAAUAAAUAAAAUGACCCAUAAUCAUACGAAUGCAUUCGACCAUUGGCUGCCCAUUAAUUCAGAGUAAUUCAAGCAUACUUUUAAUAUCUAACCUGCAGGAUAGAUACCCAAAUUUAUACAAUAUACAUAAUCUAAACAGAGAAAAAGGAGUUAGAUUUUUGUGUAAAAGAAGCCUCUGUGGGGAAACAGGUUAUUAGCACUCAUUGAAACUUGAUAAAAUAUAAUGGUAAAUUAAUCCUGGGCAACUACUGAUUUUGUGAAGUUUCUUAUGGUCGAAAAUCCUUCAUAAUUCAGCAAAUUUCAAAGUACCGGUACUAAAUUUCGUAUGCCCUUUCUAAUUAUUCUUUUAUCUGUUUAAAACUUGAGUGCAUGUGAGGAAGGGCCUUUCCAAUUUUUCAUUUGUCUCAGGUGCUGCAGCAGCUUUCUGGCUUUUAGUUUUGAGUAUAGGCAGCUGUACAGCAAAUAUGAUGUAAUGUUGUGCAGCUUGUAAGAUAGCUGUUUUCACGGACAUACCAUUACUGAUUGAAUAAUAUGCAUUUACUUGUGGAAUUAUGGUUUGUUAGAUCUAGUUGAAGUAUUGUGUAAAGGACUUUGGGAGAGUGUUCAAAAAUUUAUAUAAAAGUUUGGAAGUUGUAUCAUUGCACAAAGUGUUCAGAAUAGUCUUUUACCAUUGUAUUUGUAUACAGAUUCAGUUUAAUUAAAAAGUAGAUGCAAAUUAUGAUGAAUUUGCAUAGAAUUUAUUCAUGACAUUUUUUUAUUUUAAUAAUCAUAAUAAUAAAACUAUUCUGUAUUGCGUGGUGAACCAUCAGAUAGUUGUAAGGUUUGGUCAGUGUUUGCUCUGAAUGAGCUUGUGGACUCCAGAAACUCAUAAGAACUUGUUGGUAUUGGUCCACCAUAAUAUUUUUUACAAUUUCUCUAGUUAGCUUUGUUGUAACAAAAUGUUCUUAAUACACUGUAGAUUUCACAUGUAGAAUAUGAACUGAGUAGAAGUUCUUAGCUUCUCUUGCUGUAAAGAAAGGACAAUCACUUGUGAGCAAAGUUGUAACGGUGAUUAUUACGUGUUAUUUACAGACAGGUUUUUCUGUACCAUUUAGAAUUUUUGUAGAAAUUGUAUUCAUUUAUUAGAUCAUGAAUCAUCCUUCUCAGCCUGAGGAGCGAGUGAAUGUAUCCAAAGUCUUGUUUCAUGACUCGCUGACCCUCAUCCCCCAAUGUCCCCUCCCCUUCCCUUUUUCUUGUGUUCUGCGAGUCAUGUGGAAGCAUUUUAAUUUCACUUGUUAAGAGGAGUGAUUCAAAUUUUAAACUACAGUACUUGAAGAAUGUAAAUGUUAAAGGCAACUACCCAAUUUCAAGUGAUGGGAUUAGUUAUUCUGAUUUUGCAAGAGUAUUUUACUAAAGCCUCUUUUUCUACCAGUUCUAAAGAAUUACAAGCCUUAGUGAGAUACUUAGUCUCUCAGGACAACCAGUCACAACACAAAUUUUUGUGAGAAUAUAUUCUCAACUUGCUUGAGUUGCCUUUAUCAUUUUUAUUCAUGUAGUUGCACAUAUUCUGAUAAUAUGAAAAAUGUAAAUAGCCAGAGUUAAUUUCUUUGUUUACAAUCUCAGUAAGUUAUUACUGAUAUCACUGGUAAACAUAGUGUUAUCUCUGUCUGUUAACUUUUAUCACUAGUUUUGGAAUACACAUGCACUCCUUCCCACCAUAUCCUGAUUUAUAAUGUGCCACAGUAUUAAAGUAUAAACUGAUUUGCAAGUGAAUGAAGUCAUAAAAGUUCACUUCUGCCUAAUUUUAUUCACAGCAUCUUGUUUCUAAAAUGCAUAGUGUGUAUAUGGGUGGAACCUGACACAUUUACCAUCAUUUACACCAGCAGCUCAUAUACACACUAUGGAUUCGUUGAAACUUUUGUCAUUCAUAAUUGAUUUAGUUUGCAUCAUAUCUAGGAAUCACUGGUUAACAACACAGCAUUCAAACAGUUACAAAUGGACAUUAUUUAUAGCAGUCUUUGACACUGAGUGUUGUGGUUGUUUCUCAGUUUUUUUUUUUUAGUAUAUCCUGUCAAAACACCGCAUUUGUUAGAUUUGUAGUCUAUGUAUCAGUUUCAUCAGAUUAUCCAGUGUAAGUGAAGUGAGAAAUAGAAUGUUUUUUUUUAUGA